CCCCCUCAUUCCAGGACAUGUACCGCGCCACUCGCGGUAGGGCUCAGGGAACCGCAGCACAGGACUCGCAGCAUCGCCACAAAGCUGCGCGCACGGCCGUCAGCCGACGGCUCUCGGCUGGGAUCACUAGAGACUCGGGCUCGCAGCGUUGGGAUGUAAGAACCUACAGAUCCGCGGAUUGAUUAUUCUGAGACUCUUUGUAUUUCGAAUCUAGCCUUGGCGACAAUGGAUUACUUCGCCUUUCUGUGCAGCUGCUUGCUCCCGCUGGCCCUGGCCGUAGAAGAAACGUUAAUGGACACAAAAUGGGCUACAUCAGAGUUGGCGUGGACAUCCCAUCCAGAAACUGGGUGGGAGGAAGUCAGCGGCUAUGAUGAGGCCAUGAAUCCAAUCCGGACCUACCAGGUGUGCAAUGUGCGGGAGCUGAACCAGAACAACUGGCUACGUUCAGGCUUCAUCAUGCGGCAAAGUGUGCACCGAGUUUAUGUGGAAAUUAAGUUUACUGUCAGGGACUGCAACAGCAUUCCCAACAUUCCUGGUUCUUGUAAAGAGACUUUCAACCUCUUUUACUAUGAGGCAGACUCAGACUCUGCUACAGCUAUGAGCCCUUUCUGGAUGGAGAACCCUUAUGUUAAGGUGGACACUAUUGCUCCAGAUGAGAGUUUCUCCAGGUUAGAGUCUGGCCGAGUCAAUACCAAGGUGCGAAGCUUUGGCCCACUCUCCAAAAAUGGCUUCUACUUGGCAUUCCAGGAUUUGGGGGCAUGUAUGUCCCUUAUUUCAGUACGGGUCUUCUAUAAGAAAUGCCCAACCACCAUUGCCAGCUUUGCUAUGUUCCCAGAGACUGUGACAGGUGCAGAAGCCACAUCAUUAGUUAUCGCUCCUGGAACAUGCAUCCCCAAUGCCUUGGAGGUAUCUGUGCCUCUCAAACUGUACUGUAAUGGUGAUGGAGAGUGGAUGGUUCCUGUGGGUGCGUGCACUUGUGCAGCCGGGUUUGAGGCAGCAGCCAAGGAUACACAGUGCUUGGCUUGCAGCCCGGGGAACUUCAAAUCUCGUCAGGGAGAUGGACUUUGCAUACCUUGCCCCCCCAACAGCCGGACGACUUCAAAUGCUGCUACCAUUUGUUCUUGUCGAAGUGGUUACUACCGGGCAGAUAGUGACCAGCCUGAGAUGGCUUGCAGCACUGUACCAUCACCCCCACGUAACGUCAUCUCCAAUGUGAAUGAGACCUCUGUGGUACUGGAAUGGAGUGAGCCACAGGAUUCAGGAGGCCGGGAUGACCUCCUGUACAACAUAAUUUGCAAGAAGUGUGGCACUGAACGGGGAAUUUGCACCCGUUGUGAUGACAAUGUGGAGAUCUCACCUCGUCACCUGGGCCUUACCGAAAAGAGGGUGUACGUGUCCAACCUGCAGGCACACACACGCUAUAGCUUUGAAAUUCAGGCUGUCAAUGGGGUGUCCAGCAAGAGCCCACACCCACCUCCAUUUGCAGCUGUGAAUAUCACCACCAACCAAGCGGCCCCUUCUGCAGUUCCCACUGUUCACCUGAUGGGGGCAACAGCAAGCACCAUGAGUCUCUCUUGGAUACCUCCUGAGAAGCCCAAUGGAAUCAUCCUGGACUAUGAGAUCAAAUACCAUGAGAAGGGUCACCCAGAGGCCAUUGCUCACACAGUGACCAGUCAGCAUAGUUCCUUCCGUGUUGAGGGCCUUAAAACAGGCACUACAUAUAUGAUUCAGGUUCGAGCCAGGACGGUUGCAGGGUACGGCAAAUACAGUAACCCUCAGGACUUUAGCACCAAUCUGCAGGAUGACCCCGCCAAGAACAUUCAGGAGCAGUUGCCUCUCAUUGUUGGCUCUGCCACAGCAGGUCUAGUCUUCAUUAUUGCUGUGGUGGUCAUUAUCCUGGUCUGCUUCAGGAAACAACGGAAUGGUUCUGAGUCAGAGUAUACAGAAAAACUGCAGCAGUACAGUAAGUAUGGCUGGUCAGAUCAAACUUUGACAUGUACUGUACAAAAAAUGGAAGCUGGUGGCACAGAGACUGUGUCAUUUCUUCUUAAUUUAGUUACCCCUGGGAUGAAAGUAUACAUUGACCCCUUCACUUAUGAGGACCCCAAUGAGGCUGUCCGUGAGUUUGCCAAAGAGAUUGACAUUUCCUGUGUGAAGAUAGAAGAAGUCAUUGGAGCAGGCGAGUUUGGUGAGGUUUGCCGUGGUCGUCUGAAGCUUCCUGGUAGACGGGAGAUUAUUGUGGCCAUUAAGACUUUAAAGGCAGGCUACACAGAACGUCAGCGCCGUGAUUUCCUGAGUGAGGCCAGCAUUAUGGGCCAGUUUGACCACCCCAACAUCAUUCACCUGGAAGGUGUGGUGACCAAGAGCCGGCCAGUCAUGAUUGUGACAGAGUUCAUGGAGAAUGGGGCUCUGGAUUCCUUCCUGAGGCUGAAUGAUGGCCAGUUUACAGUAAUCCAGUUGGUGGGAAUGCUGCGGGGUAUAGCAGCUGGCAUGAAGUACCUCUCCGAUAUGAACUACGUUCAUCGAGACCUGGCAGCCCGUAACAUCUUGGUCAACAGCAACCUUGUAUGUAAGGUGUCAGAUUUUGGACUCUCUCGCUUCCUGGAGGACGACACUACUGACCCCACCUACACCAGCUCUCUGGGGGGCAAGAUCCCAAUUCGAUGGACUGCACCAGAAGCCAUUGCUUAUAGGAAGUUUACAUCAGCCAGUGAUGUGUGGAGUUAUGGAAUUGUGAUGUGGGAAGUGAUGUCCUAUGGAGAACGGCCAUACUGGGACAUGUCCAAUCAAGAUGUUAUCAAUGCAGUAGAGCAGGACUAUCGCCUGCCCCCACCUAUGGACUGCCCCACAGCUCUACAUCAGCUCAUGCUCGAUUGCUGGGUCAAGGACAGGAACCUACGGCCAAAAUUUGCUCAGAUUGUGAACACACUUGAUAAGCUGAUACGCAACGCUGCCAGCCUGAAGGUCAUUUCCAAUGUACAUUCAGGGGUGUCCCAACCUCUUUUGGACCGAUGUGUCCCUGACUACACAACCUUCACCACUGUGGGAGACUGGCUGGAUGCCAUCAAGAUGAGUCGCUACAAGGACAACUUCCUCAAUGCUGGCUUUGCCUCUUUUGACCUGGUGGCCCAAAUGACAGCAGAAGACUUACUGCGGAUAGGAGUAACACUAGCCGGACACCAGAAGAAGAUCCUCAGCAGCAUCCAGGAUAUGCGCUUACAGAUGAACCAAACGCUGCCUGUUCAGGUGUGAGGCAUGAGUACGUGUGUGGCUCUGGGCACGCAGGACUGCACUUGCAUGCGUGUCCUUCUGUGUGUAGCUGAUGUUGGCUGAUAGACACAUGCAACAUUCCUGAAUGGCUGCAGGCUCCAUGGAAGCUUCAGAGUGGAUGGCAGGGCAUGGGCCUUUCUACUUGGAAGUCGGCUCUUCAUAUUGAAGAGGACAACCAGAACUGUGCCAUCACCGGGUUCAGUGACCCUCUUGCCUCGCCCGGUGUUGUGCCCUUCUCAAUGGCUUGUGGAUUUGGAACUGUUACAGUCCAAUGGUAUUUCCACAUGAGCUAAGGAGACCCUAGAAAUGUGGGUCUUUCGGUGGAGUGGACAAUGCAGUGGAGGAGUGAGAGUGCUUCAGCAAGAGGGCAUUCCAAGAAGGCUGCGGACAUGGUCAGUGGAGAAAUGAGUGUCAUAAGGCUGAUCCUGCCAAGCCUUUUAACAAGCAUGUAUUGCAAGUAGGGCAUCAAACAUUUAGAUAAAUGUGCCAUGUGGCUGAUCCUGCCAGCAGGAUGGCAAGUGUUUAGGAAUACUCCAAUAAGUGGAUCAGGCCAGUAUGGCAACAAGCAUUCAGCCAAAUGUGCCAAAGUGGCAGCAACAUUUUCAGCAAAUGUGCCAUGAGAAUGAUCCUGCAAACAGGAUGUCAAGCCUUUCAACAUAUGUGCCAUGGUGCGCUGGACUUCUAGUCAAGAGUUAAACCUGGCAAUUAGGCUAGAAAUUGUCUGACCCUACGAGCCAGUUGGCAAGCAUUUGGAAACGUGUGUCACUUGGCUGAUUCUGCCAGCUGGGUGUCCAGCCUUGAGUAUGCUUGAGCAGCUGCUGCCAGAACUGAAUGGUCUGCAGUGACAAUUGCUGCUUUCCUUCCUUAUUUUUACCCCUGGCAGCGCUUGAAAACUUGGUUUGACCAUUUUGUUUAUCUUGAGUUUUUUUUUUGAAGAUUUGCACUUUUUCAUCACAUGCAUGUGUUUGCAUCUGAGCGAGACCGUUGCACCUGUGCUGCUGCGUACUCUUCCCUGGAAGUGGGGGGAGGGGUGUCUUUCUGCCAUAGUGUGGUGGUAUCCCAGUUGGCAGCAGCUGGUCCAUGGUAAGGAAUCUCAACCUCCAUGAGCUUUUCUAACCUCUAACAGUCAGUGUAAAUAAAGUAAUAAUAAUAACAAUAAUAAUCAUAACUACACACAAAUAUGCAUACAGGGCCAAUUUUUCUUUUUACUCAAACCUCCAAAAGCUGGCAUUUCUAACAGAAAUGUGACACUGUGUAUAGUUUUGUAUUGAGGGCCCCCCUUGGGCAAUGAGGGUAAGCAGCAGAGUGGGGUGUGCUGCACUGGUGCUGGGAUGGCAAUAUGCACCUUACUAUGCAAAAGGUCAGUCCACGAAGUGCAACUAGGGACAGCACCAAUAUCCACGCAGCAUCACCCACCCCACCCACAACAAGCUUUAAUUUAUUAUGCUGGUGUGCCCUAUUUGCCCAGUGCCCUCCAUUACUAUCCCAGUGCCCCUUCACUCCCUGCUUGCUCUCUCCCUAGACAAUGUGGCCGCUGCCAUCUGUUUUGCUCUGCUUCUCCUCUCCGGUGUGUCUCUUUCACAGAUACCAGUACUGUAACUGUACAGGACAAUUUUUGAGAUGUAUUUAAUGGUGAAGAAAUGAUGCUUCUUGUAGAAAUAUUUUUAAAAGCCCCUUUUGCAAUUAAAUUAUUUAAGAAAUUUAUGAUAA